AUGCCGCGGCUCCCGGUGAAAAAGCUCCGGAAGCAGCUGAAGCUGCUGCUGCUGCUGGCGCUGCUCACCUCGGCCGCCUGGUUCACCUACCUGCACAUCAGCCUGGUGCGCCAGGGCCGCGCCCUGCGCCUCCCCUUCGCCUACGGCAAAGAUGGAGAGAGGCCGGGGGAGGUGACAGAUCCCGGGAGACGGUCGGCAGCAGCCCCGGUGUCAGAGCGGCGCAGGAAAACUGAGGAUUCCAGUGAGAGUCACGAGGAAGAUCCAAUGAACGACGGGCAGGACAUGGAUGGCUGGUUUUCCAGAGGCCAGCGUUCCAACCGAGCCAGCAGCCACCCCAAACUCAACCUGACAAAGCAGGCCUUGCCCUGGAACGAGCAGUACAAAGGGAAAGCAAACCUGCACGUCUUCGAGGACUGGUGUGGUGGGGCCGUGAGGCACCUGAGGAAGAACCUCCACUUCCCGCUCUUUCCCCACACCCGCACCACGGUGAAGAAGCUGGCUGUGUCUCCCAAGUGGAAGAACUAUGGGCUGAGGAUUUUUGGCUACAUCCAUCCCUUCAAGGAUGGGGAUUUCCAGUUUUCUGUGGCAUCAGAUGACAACUCAGAGUUCUGGCUCAGCUCCGACGACAAUCCCUCCAAUUCCCGACUGGCUGCAUUUGUGGGCAAGCUGGGCACUGAGUGGACGGCGCCGGGAGAGUUCACCAAGUUCAGCUCCCAAGUCUCCAAGCCUCUGCGCCUCAUGUCCUCCAGACGUUACUACUUCGAGCUGCUCCACAAGCAGGAUGACCGGGGCUCGGACCACGUGGAAGUUGGGUGGCGAGUUUUCCUCCCCAGCCUGAAGUUUGAGGUGAUUGACUCCUCCUAUAUCUCCCUGUACACAGAUGAAUCAUCCCUGAAGAUGAACCACGUGGAGCACAUCCCCCAGACCUUGGCCAGCCACAGUGGGAGCCACCUCUGGGAGGCCCAGCAGGAUGAGCAUGGGGCCGACAUGCUCAAGGCUGACCCCAGGGACACGUUCUUCCUCACCCCUGCUAUCGAGGCAUCCCACGUGGAGAACGUGCUGGUGCCCUGUGCCUACAGCCCCACCUACGUGGUGAAGGAUUUCCCCAUCGCCCGCUACCAGGGCCUGCAGUUCGUCUACCUCUCGUUUGUGUAUCCCAAUGACUUCACACGCCUCACUCACAUGGAGACGGAGAACAAGUGCUUCUACAGGGAGUCCCCCCUCUACCUGGAAAAGUUUGGGUUCUAUAAGUACAUGAAGAUGGAUGAGGAGGAGGAGGAUCCACGGCAGCAAGCUUUUCUCUUCCUCAGCCCUGACAAUUUCCUGGAGGAUGAGGAGGAGGAAGAGGAAGGAGUGGACAGCCCUGAGCCCACAGACCCCCCUGCCGAGGCCAAGGAGCAAAGCUUUGGGCCGGCUCCCAGAGCCAAAGGGAAGGAUCCCGUGCCGGUCACCGGGGAUUAUGGAGAUGAUCUGGACUAUUACAGCUUCCUCCAGAAGCGGGAUCGGGUGCAGGGUGGGCUAGGCACCCCUGGGCACCUGGGAACAUGGAGCACAUCCAGCCCACCAGCUGCUCUCCAGGAGGAUCCCGCUCUGGAGCGGGGCCCAGGCCGGGGGCUCCGUUGGCUGCCUCAGGACGAAGGUGAGGAGGAUGAGCUGGGGCUGCCGGCAUCCCCAAAGCACGGCACGGCCCUGGGCCUCCAGCCACACCUCUCCGUGCCCAUCUUUGGUGGCAAAGCCAAAACACCGGGUCCCAGCAGACCAGCAGCUCCCAGCGAGGACAAGAAGCCACGGAAAACCCAGGAGAAGGUCUAUGUGACCCGGCUGCAGCCCGGGAAGCGCAAAGCCCCAGCCCAGGAGCCGGCCUUCCCCGGCAUUUUCCUGUAUCCAAAGCCUGUGAAGAGAGUCCACCUCCGCUCCAGGACCCCACAGAAGCAUCCCAUCACCCCCAACAAGCUCCGGGCCAUCCCUGGCCGCCGGAGCCCCUGGCUCCUGAACAACAUCUCCAAGGAGAGGGACCCUGCCAGGCGGAAGAGCAGCAGGAGGUGGGACCGACUGCCCAAGCAGCGGGUGCUGCCCGGCCUCCUCACCCUGGGGACUGCGGGGCUCUUCAGCCACGAGGACACGACCCCUGCUCCAGGCAGGACAGCAGCCACUGCCGACUACAACUCAUCCGAGGCCACCCGCUCCGAGGGGACACGGGUGACAUCCUUUCUGAAGGUGUCGGAAACGACGGUGUCACAGCAGGAGGAGGGAAAAGGCGAGGAGCAGGAGGAGGAGGAGGAAGAGGUAACGGACUAUUCCUACGAGGCGGGGGAGCUGCAGCAGGGCUGGCUGGAGGACUCCAUCAACUGGCAGCGGACGUUCAGCGUUAGCUCCGUGGACUUCGAGCUGCUGCGCUCCGACUGGAACGACCUGCGCUGCAACGUGUCCGGAAACCUGCAGCUGGGCGAGAGCGAGGUGGUGGACGUGGUGGCCCAGUACAUGGAGAGGCUCAACGAGAAGAACGGAGGGAUCUACACUCUCCUGAGGAUCAUCAACGUGGAGAAGCGGCGGGACACGGCGCGGGGGAACCGGUACCUGCUGGAGCUGGAGCUGGCGGAGCGGGGCCAGCGCACGGUGCGGCUCUCUGAGUACGUCUACGUCCUCCUGCACCAGGGCAAGCAGGAUGACAGCGCUGAGGCCAACCCCGACGGGCUGGCCCUGGGGGCCACUGAGCCCCAGCCCAGUGCCUGGAGCAUCCUCUAUGGAAAAUCUGUGCUGUGCCGGCCCCUGCGGCUCAGCUGGAGGCAGGACGUCAUGGUGCACUUUGUGGUGCCGGUGAAGAACCAGGCCAGGUGGGUGCAGCAGUUCAUCUCGGACAUGGCCGGCCUCUACGGGGCCACGAGGGAUGCCAACUUCAAUGUCAUCCUGGUGGAUUUCGACAGUGAGGACAUGGAUGUGGAGAAAGCCCUGCAGGAUGCCCGGCUGCCCCGGUUCCAAUACCUGCGGCGCACGGGGAAUUUUGAGCGCUCUGCCGGGCUCCAGGCUGGCGUGGACAUGGUGGAGGACGAGCACAGCAUCGUGUUCCUGUGUGACCUGCACAUCCAUUUCCCUACCAACAUCCUGGACAGCAUCCGGAAGCACUGCGUGGAGGGGAAACUGGCCUAUGCUCCCAUCGUCAUGAGGCUGAGCUGUGGCAGCUCCCCCCGGGAGCCCAACGGCUACUGGGAGGUGAAUGGCUUCGGCCUCUUCGGCAUCUACAAGUCGGACUUUGACCGUGUGGGAGGGAUGAACACGGAAGAGUUCCGGGACCGCUGGGGCGGGGAGGACUGGGAGCUCCUGGACAGGGUGCUCCAGAGUGGGCUGGAAGUGGAGCGCUUGCGCCUCAGGAACUUUUACCACUACUACCACUCCAAGCGCGGCAUGUGGAACGCCCGCAGCAAGAAGCCCUCCAAGGACUAG